AUGCUUCCCUUACUUCUCUGUGGUUUGACCUUCAGCACUCUCGGAGGGGCUGCCAGUCUCUCUCCAACACCUGUUGUCUCCAUUAGCGCAGGCGAUAUUCAAGGAGGACGAUGUAGUGGCACAUCAGACGCUGUCUACUUCAAAUCAAUUCCCUAUGCUCAACCUCCCACUGGAGACCUUCGGUUCGCACCCCCAAAGCCGUACAGAGGGGAAUACCCAGGAGGACAUCUUGUGGCAACCUCAGCUGCCCCCGGUUGUAUACAAUUUGGAUCCUUAUUUGCAGUGUCUGGAAACACAUCCGAGGACUGCUUAUACCUUGAUAUCUGGGCUCCGUCGAGUGCCACAAAGCGCUCUGAUCUUCCAGUCAAAGUAUGGAUCUAUGGAGGUGGGGAAGACGCGGGUGGCAUCUCAUAUCCUCUCUACGAUGGGUGCAACUUGGCCCAGGACGAUGCUAUCUUGGUGACAAUAAACUAUAGGCUUGGACCCCUAGGCUUCCUCUCUCUUAGCAGCGCUGGCAUCCAGGGCAAUCAAGGCAUCCAGGAUCUGUUACUGGGACUAGAGUGGAUCCAAUCAAACAUUGCAGCCUUUGGAGGCGAUCCGGCAAAGGUCCUCUUGUUCGGACAAUCCGCUGGUGCUACCAAUACCUUUGUCAUUGCGACGCUGCCGCAAGCACCGAAGCUAAUAAAUGCCGCCAUUACCGAGUCCGGAGGUGGACGGGACGUCGAACUGAACUCUACAUCCCAGAGCCUCGGGGCAGCUUUUGCGAAGAAUCUCAGCUGUGGCCUUAACGAUAGCGGUUGUCUCAGAGCAAAAUCGGUAUCUGAUUUAGUAGCGUCAUUUACAUCCCUACCCGCUUUAAACUCGGGCAUUGGCAUUAGUGGCGCCGUCGGUAUUGGCAAUUCCCAGACGAGUCAAUUUGCCCCAUACCUUGACGGCGAAAUUAUUCCCUCUCAACCCUCUGAGGAAGGAGUGCGGGUUCCUACGAUCUUUGGCUCCAAUGCUGCGGAAGGAACUUUGUUCGCACUCGCGCAAUAUGCCACGAAUCCGGACGGUCCUGCGGGAGCUACUGCUGCAGAUUACACCACAUUUCUCCAGGAUAACUUCGGCUCGGCAGCAUCCCUUGUUGAGCAAUAUUAUCCGCUAUCAUUGUUCAACUCGACGCCGUAUCCAGUAUUUUUUGCCAUGUCUCAAGUACUCACAGAAUCCACGUACACGUGCUCUGCAUACCGAGGCCUGAAUCGCGCCGUGCAGAAAAAUAUCCCCGUAUGGACAUACCUGUAUGACCACACUUCCUCUUGUCCAUGGCUUUCGUUUGUCCCAGCAGAGGCUCUCCCAAUUGUGGGAGCCACACAUACAGCCGAGAUUCCGUUUGUCUUUGGCAAUCUUGACAACAUGCCCUCUCCAAACGGCACUUGCAAUUCUACUACCCAGGAAUAUGCUAUCAGCGCUUUCCUGAAGCAAGCUUGGACUGCUAUGGCUGCGAAUGGAUCUCCAUCUACCAAAGACUUCCAUUGGCCAACGUAUCAGAGCUCGUUACAGUCUCUUGGGAUUAACAUCGUCAACUCAACUACUGCGGGUGUCGUGGAUUACAGCAAUUGCCAACUCUGGGAUCAAAUCAAUAACAACUUCCUAAAGGCUUCGAACAGCACCGCAGCAGCAAAUCCAACAGGCACGGCCAGUUUAACCCCAUCAAGUACACCUAGAAAUAGGGCUUCAGCACUUGCCGUCAAUUCCCUGGACUGGAUUAUGGCUGGUGUCGCUGUGGGCGCAUUCACCCUUCUGUAA